AUGCUGCCUGCAGGAGCGACCAGGCAGCUGCCAGGUCCAUAUGAGUUGCUGAUAAGUGCAGCCGUAAGUGGCAUCGUAACUAAGACCACAUGCGCCCCGAUGGACCGCCUACGGUUGCUCUACCAGAUCCAGGGGAUGCUGCUCCAGCAGCAGCACUGCGUGUCAGAAAAUCCCGAGGGGCUGGCUAAAGCCCGCAAGCCUCGUGUCUUUCCCCUAGGAUGUAAGUAUGGAGGCGUCGUGGAGUCUUUAAGGCUAGUUGUAAGGGAGGAGGGCCUAAGGGCCCUCUGGAAGGGGAACGGCGUCAAUGCGUUGCGGGCUGCCGCCUGCUACGCCAUCAAGUUCCCAGCUAAUGAUCUGGCCAAAAGAGCCCUUGGCUCCGACGAUAAUAACAAAAACAGCAGUUUAGGCUCUCUCCUGCUUGCUGGAGCGAUCGCCGGGUCCCUCCAGAAGACCUUUUCUUAUCCACUGGACGUCUUGUCUGUUCGGAUCGCUGUUGGCAUCAAUGCUGGCGCUUUGGGCCGUGCAGCAGCCUGCAGUACCAGCAAUUCCAGCAAUCAGGAGUAUGCGGGAGUCUUAGACUGUGUGCGAAGAGUGUGGAGGCAUGAGGGGCCCGGGGGAUUUUUUAAAGGCUACUCGCUCGCCUUAGGCACCGGUGUGCCUUACGUGAUGUUACAAAUGACUUUUUUUGAUUUGGCAAAGAGGAAAGUGGGAGAUGCAGCAGAGAGGCGACGACAAGGCAGCUCCUGGCCGCAAGUUCUGUUCAUUGCAGCAGCCUCAGGUAAACGCACUUCAGCUGCCGCUUCAGCAGCUGAAUGA